AUGGCCGAAAAUCUGCAGUCGCAGCUCCCGGCGACCCAUUUCCUGCAACUCUCUUUUCCAAGACCAGGAAUCCUCCUUGUUUUGAUCAAUAGAGAAAAGCAACGCAACGCUCUACCCGCCGAGGCGCAUUGGGAGGGUCAUAACGUGUUCUCCUGGUUUGAUGAAGAGCCGUCUUUGUUGGUGGCAGUCGUCACCGGUGCUGGUCAGAAAGCAUUCUGUGCUGGGCAGGAUUUGGUUGAACAAAGUUCGUCUCGCCGAGGACCACGAACUGCCUCGCAACUCGCCGUGAUGAACCAUCCCCCGAGUGGAUUCAUGGGGUUAAGCCAGCGUAGAGGAAAGAAGCCAGUGCUGGCAGCUGUCAAUGGAUUUGCUCUAGGGGGCGGAUUCGAAAUUUGCCUCAAUUGUGAUAUGGUGGUUGCAGCUCCUAAUGCGAUUUUUGGACUACCAGAGGUUGCAGUUGGACUAUAUGCUGCUGCUGGCGGGCUGCCGCGUUUGAUGAGAAUUGUCGGCCUUCAGUUGGCGUCUGAGAUUGCAAUGGCGGGUCGCCGACUAUCUGCCCAAGAUGCGUUAGACUACCACUUAAUCAAUCAAAUCUCGCAGUCGGCCGAAUCAGUCGUGGAGGAGUGCCUUUCCCUGGCAGCAAAAAUAACAAGUUUCUCUCCCGAUGGGAUUAUCGUGACUCGCCAGGGCCUGCGAGAAGCCUGGGAUGAUCCAAGUGUUGAACAUGCAACUUCGCGGACCAGGCACGAAUUUGUGAAUCGGCUCGUUGCUGGCGAGAACUUCAAAAUUGGUGUUGAAGCAUUUGCAAAUAAGCGAAAACCGAAAUGGGUUCCCUCCCGCCUUUAA